GGGCUUUCGUUUGGUACCCUCUUUGCCCUCUGUCUGCGUCAGGAGGUGAGAUAUAGCUUUAGAUUUCAUCUCUCAUCGUCUUUCUGGAUCCACAAGCAAACUCCCAGAUCUCAAUCGCCACCCAUCUCCUCCGUCUUAAAUUCCAUCGGAUUCUGACCCUCUCCUUGCUCUUCCAUACUCGCCUCUUCAUCAAGGUAGGUUUCGUUAUACAUCUAUAAACCAUGUGGAGGUUCAAGCCUUUCAUGCACAAAGAACCAUCUGGUCUCGAGGGUCGCUCGAUCGAUGUUGGAAAUCUUAAGAUUCAAGUAAGAAACGUCAUUGCUGAAGGAGGAUUCUCUUGUGUGUACUUAGCCAAGGAUGCUGUACACAUUUCGAAUCAGUAUGCUUUGAAGCACAUUAUAUGCAAUGAUGAGGAAUCUCUUGAGUUGGUGUUGAAGGAGGUUUCAGUUAUGAAAUCACUUAGGGGCCACCCCAAUGUUGUUACACUUUAUGCCCACACUGUCAUAGAUAUGGGACGCACAAAGGAAGCUCUACUUGUGAUGGAAUUUUGUGAGAAGUCUUUGGUUAGUGUCCUGGAGAGUAGAGGAGCUGGAUACUUCGAUGAAAAUCAAGUUCUCUUAAUUUUCAGAGAUGUUUGUAAUGCAGUAUUUGCAAUGCAUUGUCAUUCCCCGCCAAUUGCUCACAGAGAUUUGAAAGCUGAAAAUCUUUUGUUAGGCUCAGAUGGCCUCUGGAAAUUAUGUGAUUUUGGAAGCACUUCUACAAACCACAAGCGUUUUGAGAAGCCUGAGGAAAUGGGAGUGGAAGAAGAUAACAUCAGGAAGUACACUACACCAGCCUAUAGAGCCCCUGAGAUGUGGGAUCUAUACCGGAGAGAGCUUAUAAAUGAGAAAGUUGAUAUAUGGGCUCUUGGGUGUCUUCUCUUCCGCAUAUGUUACUUCAAAAGUGCUUUUGAUGGAGAGUCAAAACUUCAAAUUUUAAAUGGGAACUAUCGAAUACCAGAGUUACCUAAAUAUAGCUCAUCGAUUACAAACCUAAUCAGAGAUAUGCUCCAAGCGUCCCCAAAUGACAGACCAGAUAUCACGCAGGUCUGGUUUCGUGCUAAUGACCAGCUACCAGUUGAAUCACAGAAGUCAUUACCUGAUCAGCCACCUGACAUGCCCUCUACAGACAAACAGGAAGCAGGCAUUUCCAACCCUGUGAACAAAUCUUCUCCUAUGCCUCGUAGAAGUCCACCCGCAGUUCCUUCAGUUAAAAGUUCGUCACAAGCAGCAGCACAUGUGCCCAAGGCAGCAGGGGGAGGGGGAGGUGGAGGUGGAGGAUCGCUGGGUGCUUUCUGGUCUACUCAACAUGCCAAUGACACCGUCAACGAGGAUACCAACAGAAUUAGGUUCGAUGAAGAGUCAACUUCUCGCUCAUCAAAACAUGACAGGAUUAAUCCAAAUAAUCAUUCUUCGCUUAAGAAUGCUAGUCCUGGGGAUGUAGUCCAAAAGUCAAACAAGACAGUGGCAGACAGUGGUUCAUUCAGUGACAUCAAAUUAUCGUUUUUCCAGAAUGAAACAGACCGUGGUUCCGAGGGAUCAAAAGCAUCAAAAACCGAGAGUGCAGCUUUCCAGGAUAAAGCUUUUAACAAUUUUGUUUCUGAGUUUGAUACCUCCAAAUUCAGUUCUGAUGUCACUAACAACAGACCAGGAAAGGAAGUAGCAUUAGAGGCUGAGGUGGAGAAGUUGAAGGAGCAACUGAAGCAAGCAAAUGUGGAGAAAGCUGAAAUCACAUCCAAAUUUGAAAAGUUGUCUGCUAUCUGCCGUUCUCAGAGGCAAGAGAUACAGGAGCUCAAGCAAGCACUUGCUGCUAGGAGUCCAUCGCCGAAGAAAGUUGAAAUAAAAUCUCAGAACUCACCAGACGUUCAACCUUCUGCCAUGCCUCGGCUGCAAAAGGCCGAUUCGAGUACUCCUAUCCCUGAUGCAAAGCCAUGGCAGGCCUUUGCAGAAGAAUCCUCAAACCAGCAGCCUGUUACGACCGAGAAGGAAGUCAAAUCUGUGAGAACUAGAAGCCUGCCAAGAAAGCAGGCUUCUUCUUCAGACAACACCGGUUUCGAAAGCUGGGGCUUCGGAGCUGAGAGUUUCACAGCCGUGUCUGCUGGAAGCUCCAACAAAUCUGGAUUUACUGGUGAAAGGAAUAGUCCACAACAACGUACUGGUGGUGAACGGAAAAACACCGACAUAUCUUCACAACCUGCUGGAUGGGCUGGUUUCUAGUUCCAGCCAUGAUAGGGAGCUGAACAAGAUCUUUGAGUGCAGUUUCUUGAUUGUUGGCAAAUACUUUUCGAGAAGGAUUCAAAUUCGUGGUCGGCUUGAAAGAUAAGUAAUACCGAUAGGGAUAUUUUCAUUUAAAACCAAUAUAUAUAUAUAUGUGUGUGUGUGUGUGUGUGUGUAUUUGUGGUUGUGGUUGUGGUUUAUAAGAUCAUGUUAAAUGGCGGUACUUCUGCAUGUGUUGCUUGUUUCGGGUCUAAUAUGAUAUAAUAAGUUACCAUUUUUACCAUA